AUUCUUUAAUGAUUAUCUUAGAUUAAUAAUUUGAAAAGACGCUUCUUUUAUUUUAUUGAUACGGCAAUACUUUCCAGAAGAAGCGCACUCCAGCAUAUUCUGUCCGAACGUUUAAUAUUUCUCACGGCUCCAUUUUCCUCACCCGUUUAAUUUUCUAGGCCUUUUGUUUAUUUCUGCAGAUUCUCUUCCAUAAAGUUUAAUAAUCGCUGCUGGAGUUGAUUUAAAAACUGUGACAGAUUCCUGUGCCAUAUUUCGUACUAUCCUACAUUUUUCCAGAUUCCAAAUACUAGUGGGUCGGCAACGCGCUGUAUCUUUGCGUACUGCUAACCUCUCCUCCUCCUCCUCCUCCUCCAAAUACUAUACAUGGGCAUUUUCGUUUUAUUAAUUAUUAUUAUUAUUAUAAAUAAGACCCCCCAAUCCUACCCAUGACACUUAGUACUGUUAGCCCCAUGGUUUACAUGGCGCUCUAAAGGCUUCUUCAUGCCUGCUGCUUUUCAUCUUUACAGUCCGUCGCGUUCGUUUUCUUGGGCCAAUUCACUAAUGAAACUUCUCUGUUUGAAGGUGGGUUCUUUGUAGGCGGUUUAUGGUUGGAUAUCUUUAAUGUUCUGUAUAGCGCCUUUCACAUCUACCUAUCUAUCUAUCGCGCCUUUCAUAUCCACCUAUCCAUAUCUAUCUAUCAUGUCACAAAUAAAUUGCCUCACUAAAAUUAGUCGUCCCAAUGUCGCUGUGACUACUUUUGAAAGACGACGAUUUACUUUCAACCUUGUCGCUGCCAGUCUGUUUUUUCCGCCUGUCGUCCAAGUCGCACUUGAUUUGCAUGACUUGCGCGCCUGCCGCUAUAAAGGACUGAUGGUGCCCGUGAUUUAAUCAGAAUGAACUCCUCGAUGCUCCUUGUGAUGAUGUUCGCUUUCUUCUGCUGUUGUCUCUCCUUCUGGAUCGGAGGCGCCGCCUCUGCGCUGAUUCAGCCUGCCAGUUUGAAUGUCCCCGUCGGGCAAACGACCACCAUUAAUUGCUGGAUUGGAAGGGGCGAGAGUCAGUAUACGAGAUGGUUUAAACAAAUCCCGGGAGAAACGCCUCAGCUCAUCCUGGAGUACAAGAGGUUCAGCAGUGAGGCUAAUUUUUACGGGAGCGGUUUCUCGUCCAGCCGCUUCACCAGCAAGAGCGUAGACGAAGAGAACAACCAGCUGGUCAUCAAGGGCACCGAAGUGGGCGACACGGCGAUGUAUUACUGCGAGAAGUGGGUGUCGGCAGAGAAUCAGGCUGUAUUCGGAGGAGGCACCAAGCUAAUCGUCGAAGAUACUUCACUUCCUUCACCGUCUAUCAAGGUGUUUGGCCCCACGGAUGAGGAGAUCUCCAUGGAUGGCCUGGUCACUCUGGUGUGUCUCGCCACAAAACUCUCUGUGCCCUUUGCUGAAGUGAGCUGGACAGCCUGUGGAGUGAAGGUGACAUCUGGGGUGACAACAAGCCUGGCUGCCAAGCACAAUGAUGGCACCUUCUCCAUCAGCAGCUACCUGAGCCUGCCAGCUAUAAAGUGGACCAGCACUGAGAGGAAGUUCUCGUGUGAAGUAAAGCCAGAAGGGAGCGGCUCCAGGGCUGUGGCGCACUUGGACGAUGCCCGCUGUUAGACUCCACGCCUGCCACUAACGCGUGCUCAGAGGCUGAGCCUGAGGUGGCAUCUUUCACUCGUCUUCUCCUUUAAUGAAUUUAAAGUUGGUUAGUAAAUAAACAUCAUUGAUGUCUGACACGACUGUAAACGUCAUGAUGAAUAAAUCCUUCUAAACCUUCA